GGCUCGAGGAAGGGGCGGUCCGAUGCGUGGGCGGGGUUUGAUGGUCGCGCCUGCGCUCUCGCUGUCGAGGCCCGUUCCCGAUGCGCGGUGUCGGGCCUGGACCCCUGGAUGCGCGGAGAUGCUGCGAGGGGUCAGCGGGCCCCGCGCUGGCAGCGCUCUGCCGGGCUGCCCACAGGCUGCAGUUACAGAGGGAUUUCCCAGCGGCCUUGGAGGCCUGUGAGCGUGGCCUGGAGCUGGAACAGAGAGGGAGCGGCUCUGUCCUAGCUGCAGACACAAAAUCUUCCUUGUGCAUUAUUGGAAUUCAAGCUCUGGCUGAACUCAACCAGUGGGACCAGGUGUUGGGCUGGAUUCUGGAAAUCUAUGACAUACCAGAGAAAAUACCUGCCAAAAUCCUACAGAUGUGCAUCAUUCUAUACAGUAAGGUUGGAGAGCCAGGCCAAGUGCAGAAGGCAGUGGACAGUUGGCUGAAGUGUUAUACUACUCCAAGUGCCCUAGGCUGUGGCUCAGGGCUGGUAUUGGAGUUAUAUCUGUUGCACGUGCUGCUACCACUUGGGCUGUACACAGAGGCAGAAGAACUGAUCCAAAGUACAGCAUUGCUGACAGAGCAGCAGAGGGGACCAGCAUUACAAGUCAUAAACAAUAGGAGGUCUCAGCAGCUGGAGCAGGAGUCAGCGGACAGCAGGAGCCCGCUUGGAGCAGACUCCAGAAAGCAAACUCAUCCAGUACCCAACUCGCUGUUUAAAACUCUGCAGCAAGUGCUGAUGUUGUCCUGGAGGUUUCUGCAUUUGGUGCCUGUUCGCAAGUUGUUUUUAGCUGUCCUUUUGGCCUACUUGCUGAUUGUCAGGCUGGACCCAGCUUCUCCAACAGCUUUGCCAUGGGUCUGUAACCUCCACAACGUCAUGAAGCAGAUGUGGAAGACUAUGUUUGCACGCUUCAACAAGGCAAGAAUUGGCAAAUGAACGUGGAUGUGUACUUCAGCCAAGAAGGGUGAAGUCUUGGGGUAUAUAGUCUUGGAAUUGGAAGCUGUUGCUCCUGCAGUAUUGGAUAAUGAGUCAUUAACUUCACAGGCUCCUCCGCACUUUGUAGGAAAUGCUAACAUGGCACCUACUGUGGCCCUAGGAGUGUCAGCUAACUACUUCAUGUUCUGAGCCUUUGUAUUGUACGUGGCUUUGUCCAACUCUGGCCAGUCCUGUCCCAGACAGUGACAAGCUGUAAUUUCUCACUCUAGUGCUGCUGUUAAUUGUUGUCAUUGAGAUUUAUUUUGAUCACUUGAACACUUUAAAUUUGGCAUCCUGAGUUAGUUUAUUACUGCCUGUAAAUAUGAUGAUAAAUCAUGCUGCACAUUAUCAAGUCUGCCUUUUGUAGCAACCAUGUUGCUGCUUUCCUCAUUUUCACAAUGAAGAAUCUUUCCAGUCUCUCUCCAGUGUGUAACAGGAUUGAUUAUGCCUGCCCUUCUAUUGCUGCUGUGGCCCCAAAGAUAGGAUAUUGCUAAUCAGUGUGUCGAAGGGGUGCAUUGCGAGGGAAUGUGCACACCAAAUCAGUGCAAUAUAAGUUUCUGGAGGAACUGACCCGACGUUCCUGAAACGCUGCCUAGGGCACAGGCUCUUAUUGCCAAGACUGAGACCGUGCCCUGAAUAAUCACUGUCACAGUGGGCAUCGGCCAUCAGCUCCUUGAAUAAUCACUGUCACAGUGGGCAUCAGCCAUCAGCUCCUUGAAUAAUCACUGUCACAGUGGGCAUCAGCCAUCAGCUCCUUGCUUUGCACGAGCGAUGGAACACAUUGAACAUUCACAAACUGAAAAAGACAAAUUGACUUGUUCUCUGGGAACCUGAGUCCCCUCUUCACCCACCAGAUAGCAGAAAGAUGUGACGGGGUAGUCUGAUUGAUUUGAGAGUUCAUUUUAAGAUGUGGCAAUAAAGAUUCCAAAUAAACUUGAAAA